AUAUAUGUCAAAUACCAUAGUAGUUUUGGUUUGUGUUCUGAGUCUAUCCCUGGCUCUUGUUUCCCAUGCCGGAUCCAUGGCUCAAGUCUUCGUUAAGCUCCACAACAAAGUCCGUAAAGAGGUUGGGCAUGGAAUUGGUCCCUUAGAGUGGAACUCAACCCUACAAUCGUACGCCGGUGCCUACGCUCGAUACCAGGAAUCCAGAGGUUGCAAGCAUGCCCACUCCAAUGGGCCCUACGGUGAGAACAUUUUCUGGGGCUUCGGUGAGGGGUGGAUGGAUCCGAAGGCUGCGAUGAUAACUUGGGUUGAUGAGGAGAAGGACUAUUACGAUUACAAGACCAAUACUUGCUUGGAGAACAAGGACUGCUGGCAUUACACCCAAGUGAUAUGGAAGAAUACCAAUCAGCUUGGUUGUGCUCUCGCUAAUUGCCCGGAUUCUUCAGUCUUCAUCACCUGUAACUAUUAUCCUCCAGGGAAUUAUAUAGGAGAAAGACCAUACUGAUCAA